AUGGGCUCGGUUAUCGACGACCGAGUGUACGGAGCCCUAGUCAGCGCCCAAGUGGCCGACCUCGACCUGAAGAUUGACCUCUCGAUAGACCAGACCGUCCGCCUCCUCCGCACUGAGAUGAAGUCGCUGAUCUUCCCGAACGUGAUUGGUCCGCCCACCCUGUCCAAGGUAAUCUGCGAGACAAUUCUACGGUGCUACGGGCUCACCAAGGCGGAGGCCAACCAGGUCGACGCCAUCAUGGAAGAGAUUGUGUGGCCGAACAUGGUCAAGUACAUGGCGCAGCACAUAACGCAGAACCUGGCAGUGUGGACUCUCGCCACGGGCUUAGGCGCUGCCACGGGACUCGGGUUCGGGCUCGUCGCCGUGCUCCCCUUCCUGGAGGCGCCGGCGGUAGGGAGAGUCAUAGUCAAGGGCGCCUGCGACCUCAUCAUCGUGCUGGACCAGGCAUUUCGCUGGGGCGGCAAGGAGCUAUCGCCGGACCUGGUGCGUCGAGCGGCCGCCGAGUACAGGCGCGAAAGUGUGGUCGGGAUGAGCGUCUCGACGCGGAGCAGGGUGCACCACGACAUCAACUCCAUGUUCCCCAUCAUGUCGAAGCUCGUCACCCGCGUCUACCGGCCUGGAUACAUCACAAAGAUCACCGAGGGGAUGAAGAAAAUCGUCGAGUCGAACAGGAUGCGGCUGGAUACAGGCAAGGACUUGGACUUGGAGUCGCUCAGCGACGCAUUGUCGUCGACGACACUGGCCGAGCUUUCCGGGGACGAGGAGGAACUGAAGCAGCUGGAGUCAAAAGGCUCCACUGAAACCUUGAAUAAUAGUAUGGAUUAG